AUAAUGGCAGAUACAGGCCUGAUUGAGGCAGGGGCCUCAGCGGCCUCAGCAGCUACAGCCCUGGAGAACUUACAGGUAGAGGCGAGCUGUUCAGUGUGCCUGGAGUACCAGGAGCCUGUCAUCAUUGAAUGUGGGCACAAUUUCUGCCGAGCCUGCAUUACCCGUUGGUGGGAGGAACUGGAAAGAGACUUCCCCUGCCCUGUUUGCCGCAAGACAUCACGUUAUCGCAGCCUCCGACCCAAUAGGCAACUGGGCAACAUGGUGGAAAUUGCCAAACAGCUACAAGCUGUCAAGCGGAAGACUCGAGAUGAGGGUCUCUGCCCCCAGCACCAUGAAGCCCUUAAUCUCUUUUGCUGCGAGCACCAGGAACCUGUAUGCUUGGUGUGCGAGAUCUCCCAUGCCCACCGGGCUCACACCAUCGUGCCACUGGAUGAUGCUGCACAGGAGUACAAGGAGAAGCUGCAAAAGUGUCUGGAACCUCUGGAGCAGAAACUGCAGGAGAUCACCCAGUGCAAGUCAUCUGAAGAGAAGAAGCCUGGGGAACUCAAGCGUCGAGUGGAGAGUAGGCGGCAGCAGAUUGCAGGGGAGUUUGAGGAAUUACAUCGACGGCUAGAGGAAGAACAGCAGAUUCUGCUCUCUCGACUAGAGGAGGAGGAGCAAGACAUUCUGCAGAGGCUUCGGGAAAAUGCUGCCCAGCUUGGAGAGCAACGUCGAGACCUUGCCCGCCUUGCUGCUGAGAUCGAGGGCAAGUGCCUACAGUCAGGUUUCGAGAUGCUCAAGGAUGUCAAAAGCACACUGGAAAAAUGUGAGAAGGUGAAGACCAUGGAGGUGACCUCGGUCUCCAUUGAGCUGGAAAAGAACUUCAGCAGCUUUCCCCGACAGUACUUUGCCCUAAGGAAGAUCCUUAAACAGCUGAUGGCGGAUGUGAUCCUGGACCCAGAGACAGCUCACCCUAACCUAGUGCUAUCAGAGGACCGAAAAAGUGUCAAGUUUGUGGAAACUCGGCUCCGGGACUUGCCUGAUACACCUCGGCGCUUUACCUUUUACCCCUGUGUCCUAGCCACAGAGGGCUUCACCUCAGGUCGUCACUACUGGGAGGUGGAAGUGGGUGAUAAGACCCACUGGGCAGUAGGUGUAUGUCAGGACUCUGUGAGCCGAAAAGGCGAGCUAACUCCUCUGCCUGAGACAGGAUACUGGAGGGUGCGACUGUGGAAUGGGGACAAAUAUGCAGCCACAACCUCACCUUUCACCCCUCUCUGCAUAAAAGUGAAACCCAAGCGGGUGGGUGUAUUCCUGGACUAUGAGGCUGGCACACUGUCUUUCUACAAUGUCACCGACCGCUCCCACAUCUAUACUUUUACUGAUACUUUCACUGAAAAACUAUGGCCACUCUUCUAUCCGGGUAUCCGAGCUGGGCGGAAGAAUGCCGCACCUCUUACCAUCCGGCCUCCCACAGAUUGGGAAUGAUGAUGGGAAAGGACAGGGUGGGAUGUUGAAGUAAUCAUGGUGAUAGA